AUGGGCUCCCCAAAGAACCAGACCACCGCGCCAAACCUGCGAUACAUUCCUCUAUCCUAUAGCCCCGCAGACUCUCAGUCUUCCGCUCUCCGAUUGAUCCUUACUCUCUUCCCCGACUGGGAGGGUCCCAACAACAAGAUCGAGUUCGUCCGCUUCACCGAUGGCAUUACCAACACCCUUCUUAAAAUUAUCAAUCGCAAGCCAGGCUUGACAGACGAGGAGGUGGAUAAUGACGCCGUGCUCAUGCGCGCAUAUGGAAAUGGCACCGAGAUCCUUAUAGACAGAGAAAGAGAAACUACAUCCCAUGCCCUCCUCGCUAGCUGUGGCCUCGCUCCUCCUCUGCUUGCGCGCUUCAAGAAUGGCCUCCUCUACCGUUUCAUCCGCGGAAAGCCCUGUGGCCACGAAGACCUCGCUACCCCUCCUAUCUACCGCGGGGUUGCUCGGCGCCUUGCGCAGUGGCAUGCCCUCCUCCCCAAUACCGGUUACAGUUCUACGCCGGCCGAGAAUUCUACUGAAGCCAAUGGUAUAAAGGAACAGGAAGACUUUGAGUUCAUCCAAACGCGCCGCCCUGGUCCUUCUAUGUGGGCUGUCCUCCAGAAGUGGAUUGUUGCGCUGCCUGUUGCCACGCCUGAACAGCAGGCCCGCAGGUUAAGCCUGCAAAAGGAACUCCAGUGGGUGAUCGGGCAACUCGAUGACGGACAGGGUAUCGGUGAAGACGGGCUCGUGUUCUCACACUGCGAUUUGCUUUGCGCGAAUGUGAUCGUCCUGCCCAGUGACGACAAGUCCAACACAUCGGAUGGCAUUGCCCCCAUUAACUUCAUCGAUUACGAAUACGCUGUGCCCGCCCCUGCGGCGUUCGAUAUUGCGAACCACUUGGCUGAGUGGAUUGGCUACGACUGUGAUUACAACAUGAUCCCCACCCAGUCAGUGCGUCGUCAAUUCUUGACUGAGUACACCAAGAGCUACAUUCAGCACCGUGGCCUCGACGCCUCAUCUGAGGAAGAGAUCGUCGCCAGGUUAUACCAUGAUGUGGAUCGAUUCCGCGCUAUUCCCGGUCUGUACUGGGGUGUAUGGGCACUUAUCCAAGCCCAGAUCUCACAAAUCGACUUCGACUAUGCCAACUAUGCUGAGCUCCGUCUCGGCGAAUACUGGGCCUGGAAGCGCGAAUUCGACGGCUCCCGCCAGGCCAGCAACGAGGAAAUUCCUCUUCGUGAGAAGCGCUGGGCGCAGGAGGCAUAA